GCAAGUAUACUGUAUGUGUAUGCAGGUAAGGGGCACAGUCUGAUGCAUAAUGACAGGGGAGGUGCUAGUCUGAUGCACAGUGACUAUGAAGGGACCAAGCUGAUGUACAGUGACAGACAGAAACGACCCCGAACUGGGGAAAGAAAGCUCGGAAGUAGUGCACCCAUUCAUCUGGAUAUUCCAGAAUGUCAGGUCUGGGCAGUAAGAGGUCAGCAGGGGACCCAGGCUCCUCUGGCCCCCCUGAAAAAAAGGCAACUGUAGAGGAUUCUGGGACCACAGUGGAGACUAUAAAACUAGGAGGCGUUUCUUCAACGGAAGAGCAGGACCUGCGCACUCUCCAGGUAAAGAACAAGAAAUUAGCUGGUAUUCUGGACCAGAGACAGGCCAUAGAGGAUGAGCUGCGAGACCGCAUUGAGACCCUGGAGAGACGGCAAGCCACAGAUGAUGCGUCUCUUCUCAUUAUCAAUCGUUCCUGGAGUCAGUUUGAUGAAAACAUUCGGAUACUUCUGGGUCGCUAUGAUUUGGACCAGGAUUUGGGAGAGUUUCUGAGUGAACGCAAAGCGCUGGUAAUCCCAGAACCUGAGCCAGACUCUGACAGUAAUCCAGAACGCAAGGACAUUGAAAGAGGUGAAGGACUCUCCGAGAUCUCUCUCUCCUUCCUUGGUACUCUAGCCAGCAGCAGCAGUGAGGAGAUAGAGACACAGCUGCAGGAACGUGUGGAAUCCUCCCGCCGUGCCGUUGCCCGUAUAGUGUUGGUGUACGACCGCCUGCAUGCGCGGCUGGACCAGCUGUCUCUCAAGCUCAACAGCACUGACCCAUCACUGAUGGAGGAAGCUGUCAAGGAUCUGAACUCUCUGUUAGCCAAUGAGAAGAUGCGUCUGCAGGAAGUGUGUACCCGAUUGCAGGAGAAGCAGCAGAACAUGACUCAAGAGUUCAGUCAGCUGCAGUCUCGGCUGGAGAAUGCAGAGUCUCGCGUGUCCGUCCUAGAUGGACUCAUUGAGGAUCUGCAGUGGGACAUCGACAAAGUCCGGAAAAGAGAGCAGCGCCUGAAUAGACACCUGUCUGAGGUCCUAGAGAGGGUCAACUCAAAGGGGUACAAGGUGUACGGUGCAGGCAGCAGCUUAUAUGGAGGGACUAUAACCAUCAACUCAAAGAAGUUUGAAGAGAUGACCUCUGAGGUAGACAUGAAUAAGGAGCUAGCUGUGAACCGUCUACAGGAACUGGAGAAACUGAGGCAGGACCUACAGGAAGUGACCACCGAGAACCAGGACCUGCAGGUUGAGCUAGCGAAUGCCGUGGAGGAAAGCGUGCGCUUGUCCCCAGAGUAUCGCUGCAUGCAGUCUCAGUUCUCUGUCCUCUACAAUGAAUCACUUCAGCUAAAGGCCCAGUUGGAUGAGGCUCGCUCCUUACUGCAUGGGACACGCUCCAACCAUCACCGUCAGCUGGAGCUCAUCGAGCGGGAUGAGGUGGCCUUGCAGAAGAAGGUGCGCACAGAGGUGAUUCAGCUUGAGGACACGCUUGCCCAAGUACGGAAGGAAUAUGAGAUGCUUAGGAUUGAGUUUGAGCAGACGCUGGCUGCCAACGAACAGGCUGGUCCUAUUAACCGGGAGAUGAGGCAUUUGAUCAGCAGCCUACAGAACCACAAUCAUCAGCUCAAGGGUGAGGUGUUACGGUACAAGAGGCGACUGCGGGAAAUCCAAGUCGACAUCAAUAAAAUCCGUGCUCGUGCCACCAGCGGCCUCUUCCUGCUGCCCACCCAGUCCAGCGUGGAGGAGGUUCGUGAAGAAACGGUUGAAAUAAAGACAGAGCCUGAGGAAAUCGCCCCUCCAACGCCGGUCCCAGCUCCAUUAGAGAUCGUUCCAAAGCGUGAGGAGGAGGAGGUGCAGCAGCAACAGCAGCAACCGCAGCAGCAGAGAGACAGGCGGGAAAGGGAAAAAGAGCGGGAAAGGGACCGGGGGCGAGAGAAAGACAGAGGAGACAGCUCCAAGGAGAAACUGAAGCAUGAGCCAGACUCGAAGCGCAAGGAAGCUGAAAGCGUCAAACAGAUGAAGGCCGAACUAAAACGAGUGCAGGAGUCUCUACGGGACAUGAAGCUGCUCUUGGAUAUGUAUCGCUCAGCGCCCAAGGAACAGAGAGACAAGGUCCAGCUUAUGGCAGCAGAGAGAAAGAGCAAAGCGGAGUUGGAAGAUCUGCGCCAGCGGCACAGAGAGUUGGAGGAGAGAGAGCGUAGAGACAGUAAGAAAAUGGCGGAUGAGGACGCCCUGCGCCGAAUGAGAGCAGCAGAAGAACAGACCGAGGCGCUGCAGAAGAGACUGUCCACAGCCAAACAAGAGGAGGAUGCCCUGCUCUCGGAGAUGGACGUCACAGGGCAAGCGUUUGAGGACAUGCAGGAGCAGAACAUCCGCCUGAUGCAGCAGCUGAGGGAGAAAGAUGACGCCAACUUCAAGCUGAUGUCGGAAAGGAUCAAAUCCAACCAGAUCCACAAGCUUCUCAAGGAAGAGAAGGAGGAGCUAGCUGAUCAGCUGCUCACGCUGCGUACCCAGGUGGAUGCUCAGCUACAGGUUCUACGGAAGCUGGAAGAGAAAGAGCACUUACUGCAGAGCAGCAUCACCACGGGGGAGAAGGAGCUGACUCUGCGGACUCAGGCGCUGGAUCUCAGCAAGCGCAAGGCGAUGGAUGCCUCCCAGCAGGCCGAGGAGCUCCGGACUCAGCUAGAAAUGUCUCAGAAAAAGCUGCAAGACCUGCGGAAGGAAAUAAUAGAGAAUAGUGCCAGCCGAGAAAAGGAUGCCUUCAACUACAAACGGGCACAGGAGGAUAUAUCUCGUCUUCGAAAGAAACUGGAAUCUACAAAGAAACCUGAUUUGGUGCCGACUUGUGAUAAGAUUUUAAUGGAAGAGAUCAAAGAGUGCAAGUCUCGCCUCACCUGUCCGUGCUGCAACUCCCGUAAGAUGGAUGCUGUUUUGACUAAGUGUUUCCACGUUUUCUGCUUUGAGUGUGUCAAGACACGGUAUGACACGAGACAGCGCAAGUGUCCCAAGUGCAAUGCAGCCUUCGGUGCCAACGACUUCCAUCGUAUUUACAUUGGUUGAAUGGGUGACUUCUCAAGGCCUUGUUGAGUCUCUCAAUGAAUGCACAACUCAGUGAGCGCCCUGUAUGGACAGAGACGUGUAUUGCAAGCAAGAACAUGACCUUCACGGCCCCUGUCUUACGCACAUUACCUUACAUCCUGGGAUGACCUUGCACGUCACCUCAGAAACAGCAUGUGUAGAGUCUCCUUAUCCAUUUUACCACACAAGGUUAUCAAGGAUCCACCUGUCUAUGCGCACAGUACAGCAACUGCCAUCGCUUAUCACUGUAUGGUUAGAUGAGUUAGCUUGUGGUUUGUUUGUAAAUAUUUAUUCUGGUCACAAAAUCUACAGACCAUACCAUCCUAUUCACAAGAAAGGCUAGGCUGGGUCGAAGUACAAGAAAUGCAGUCUCAUGUUUGUCUACCCUUUUCAAUAGUGACCCUGGACAGUCAAACAACAUGGCCGCCAUGAUCUUACAUUUUCAGUAAUUUAUCUCGAAACAAAUGGGUACUUAUGAAAACAUAUGUGUUAAAGUUCAGGAUUUCCAAUAAGGCCUUUAGGUACAUUCAAAUAUUAGAAUAACCCGCGCACAAACUUUGGAGGAUAUAAGUAGUCAUGCUGCAUCUGCAGGGAAAAAAAAUAGAAGGAUUACAGACAGACCUGUAUAACGUCAAAGACUUGCAAGGUAAUAGUAAGACACAGCAGAGAGCCUCUUGGUGCCUAAUAUGGUUAGUAAUAACACAGACCUGUGUAUGCAGUGAGGACUGGACAGAAAGUCACUUGACAUAUCAAACCUCGUAACUGCUGUCAUAGUUUGGAACUUUUACACAUUUGUGUAGCUUGCCAAGUUGCCUUCUGUGAUUAGAUGAACCUUUAUUGGAUGUUCAGUCCCCUGUCGUAUGUUUGGCUUGCUGUGCUGUGUGGUACUGGGUGAGUCACGGGAGUAGGUAUACUAACCCAAGGUUCAUCAAAGCCACCGGUGACCAGCAGCAUUAACCAAUGGAUUUGAAAAGGCAACUGAAAUAAACGGCAAUUCAGGUUUAGCAUUUAUUAUUUCUGUUGCCACUUUGAAUAUAUCAGUCACAGUUGCCAUAUAUCAGUCACAGUUGCAAAUCAUCAGCGGCUUUGACAAACUGCUGGCUAGUAAAUCUACCCCAAUGUGCUUGUGUGCUAGUGUCCAGCCCACUGUGAAAAGGCUACUUAUUGAUUCUAGAUAUUAGUUCUGGAGAUCGCGAAAGGGAUUUGCAGGGCCCAGGAUGAAUCCCUUCCCUUUAAAAAUUGCUGCCUGUAUUUUUGGAGGAUAAAUAAAUUUCUUUUCUGUA